AAGUAUCCCCUUUUUGAGAAAGAUCCACGCUAGCUUAUUCUAAGAGUGCACAACUUUUAGGUACGGUACACCUGACGCUUACACGUUACCCUACUGGAGUUUGGAUUUUCAUCGAAGAAAAGCAGCAGUCGAGAAGAGCGAUCUUGAAAGCUGGUUUUACACAACUCUCGAUUUGCUAGCUCCAUCCAACCUAUCGUGGCGCGAAGAGUCAGAUGAGCCAGCAGUAGUGCGUGCGAAAACAGAGUUCUGGUCAGAUGUUCACUUAAGUAUGUCGCAGACUCCAAUGGCAUUACUAGCAAUUGCAGAGCUUUUGGCUCAAGAGAAGAAAGUUGAUACGAGCAGGCUUAAACGUUAUAUUAAAACCGGAUUAGAACAGUGUGUUAACUCAAAAAAAUUCACUCCAGAAUGGGUGAAAGGCACAAACGUGACAACUGCAGUUGGGUCGAAGACCAAAAUGAAAGGAAGAAGUGCACCUCGCGAAGUUUCAGCGAAGGCAAAAUGA